AUGGGUCGGCUCGACCGGAGUGAUAUCAUAGCCUCACAGAAGACCGGCUGCUUAUUGCCUGGCGUUGCGUUCCACGCGCGCCUCAAAGAGCUUAAAGACCACUAUAGGGCUGAUAUUCAGCCGCGGUUGCGGGGCAAGUGCAAAAAGGCACCGCGGCCUCGGCCCAAAGCAGGAGAAGAAACAGAAGGGGUUCUUAGUCAGUGCUUACAGUAUGCGAAAGAUUUGAUGCUUUUAAGUUUGUUACUCAAACACGCCAAAACGGCUGGACGGAUCUGGAUAAAAUUUGGCACAGGCAUAGGAUACACUACGGGCAUAGGCUUAGACUUUUUAUCAACAUACCACGCGGACGAAGCCACGGGCGGAAGCUAG